AGCAGGUCGCGCUGAUGUGGAAAUAGAGACCUGGCCACCUUAAGCGGAAUCGCGUGGUCCUCACUUCCUUUUGUCGAACACACGGUCGUUAUUUAGCUCCUUGUUCCCGUUUACCAUGCAAGCUCCUCUCUUUUCAAAAGUAUCGGAUCCUAACUUUCUGCGCAUUCUUUCUUGAACAAUUCGAUUAUCUUGAGCCAAGUCAUCAUCAACCUUCCUAGUCUACGGAUUCCUCAUCUAGCUAUUUCUCAUCCUCAUCGUCAAAAUGCAGUUUAAGAACAUCGCUCUCCUGUCGCUGGCCGCUGGUGCCAUGGCCAAUCCGGAAGUUAAGAAGCGUCAAGAUGCCACUUCUUCGCUCGACUCAUCAAUCCUCAGCGUCCUCGUCACCGCCCUCCCAGCAUCCCUCCUCGCCGUCGCCGCGACCGACACCGCUGCCGUCUCCUCGAUCAUCGCCUCCGAGUUCGCCGCCGGCAGCACACCCAGCUGGUUCGCCGCCCUUCCCACCGACGUCCAGACCUACCUCCUUGGUCCCGAUGCCGAAGCCUCUUCUUCCAUCGCCACCGGCCCUAUCCCAUCGAUCUCCGGCGACGGCGUCCUGAGCAUCCAGACCACCAAGGUUCCGCCAACGACGGGCGAUGGCAGCGGCGCCUCUAACGGCACCACCUCUCGCACUUCGCGCCCUUCGUCUCGCUCCACCCCUGUUCCUACUACCGCCCCUGAGUCGACUGGCGGUGCUGCUAUCCCGACCGGUGUCGUUGGUGUCGGUGCUGCCGCCGCCCUCGGCCUGCUUGGUGUUUUGGCACUAUAAACGCCGUGUUGACGGACCACCCGCAAAUUUCGCGAUUCAUCUGGGGAAUAAUAUUUGACACGUAAUGAUGACUUGGGAAGGGCCUUCAUACGCCGAUAAUUUGGCAAAAGUUGGUUUGGGGCAUUGGCGCUUCGCCAUAUAAUUUCAGCAUUGGAACGCGUGGAGGGAUGACAGACCCCUUGACGGCGCGUACACUGCCAUUGGACAUAGUUCC